AGUUCUCAAACUUAAACCAUUAUAGCAAAAUAUGAACAGCAUCGAAAUGAGUUCAUCAUCAGUAGAAGACACCUGUUUGUUCGCCAUGCAACUGGUUACUGCCUCUGUAAUGCCAGCAGCACUCAGAUCCGCCGUAGAGCUCGGCCUGUUGGAGCUCAUCAAGAGAGCCGGCCCCGGCGCAUUUGUUUCUCCGGCGGAACUCGCCGCCCAAAUUCCGGCCACCAACCCCCAGGCUGACCUCAUGCUGGACAGAAUCCUCCGCCUCCUCGCCGCCAACAACAUCCUCAAUUGCAGCCUCCGAGAGCUGCCUGACGGCAGCGUUGAGCGGCGCUAUUCCUUGGCCCCGGUUUGCGAGUUCUUGACCAGGAACGAGGAUGGUGUUUCCAUGGCUCCUCUCUUGCUCUUGAAUCAAGGCCAGAUAUGCGGGGAAUCCUGGCACCAUCUAAAGGACGUUGUUGUUGAGGGAGGAACCCCCUUCAAGAGAGCGCAUGGGAUGAGUCCAUUCGAGUACGGUGCUAGGAAUCCCAAAUUCAACACCGCUUUCAACCGAGCUAUGUAUGAACAAUCCACCCUCAUCAUGAACCAAAUUCUUAAAAAAUACAAAGGAUUCAACGUCGAGGGUCUCAAAACCCUGGUCGAUGUUGGUGGUGGGACCGGCGCCACGCUUAGCAUCAUUGUCUCCAAACAUCCAUUCAUUACGGGAAUCAAUUUUGAUCUGCCCCAUGUUGUCAAAGAUGCUCCAUCUAUUUCGGGAGUGGAGCACGUUGGUGGGGACAUGUUUGUUAGCGUGCCCAAAGCCGAUGCCAUUUUUAUGAAGUGGAUUUGCCAUGACUGGGACGACGCCCACUGCUUGAAAAUCCUGAAGAAUUGCUAUGUUGCAAUCCCUGAGAAUGGAAAAGUGAUAAUCGCUGAACGCAUUCUCUCUGAGGCUCCACACAGUGACCCACUAGCUUCCAUAGGCUUCACUGUCGACCUGCUUAUGUUGGCUUACAACCCAGGGGGAAAGGAGAGGACAGAAAAGGAAUUUCAAGCGCUGGCCAAAGAAGCUGGAUUUAGACAAUUCCACAAAGUCUGUUGUGCUUUUAGCAUUUGGAUCAUAGAGUUACAUAAAUGAAAUAAGUAUAUAUUAUGCUUACAACCCAGAAUGAUACGAUGUAUCGCUUGAGUUCUUGGGUUUGAUUCAUCCGAAUUGGGUAAAAGACUAUCAUAUAUCUAUGUUGGGUAUUUUAUAUCCGGAUUUAUCCUACUGAUAAAUUUUAUACAUUGAGAAUAAUGUUGUUCCUUGAAUAAUUAUAUGAAACUUUAUGUGUUGAUGA